UAUUAUCUACGUGUUUACUCAAAGUGUGUUGUUUUUACAGUCGGUUUGGUGUCUCGUAGCAGUUCAACAAUUUAUGGCAAACAAGCUUAAGAGCAAAACUUAAUUAGCCACCCAAAUAAUUGUACAAUUGUACGUUUUCAGCGUGGAGGUCAUUUUCAUAGGCUUGACUCUGUUUACAUCCACGCUUCGCUCAUUCCCUCCUUCCAGGCGUCAAGUUUCAGGAAGUCACAGGAAGCUAUCCAUAGGCUGAGGGAGACGGAGGAGAUGUUAACCAAAAAGCAGGAGUACCUGGAGAAGAAAAUCGAGCAAGAAAUUGCCAUCGCCAAAAAGAAUGGGACCAAAAAUAAAAGAGCUGCCCUCCAGGCCCUCAAGAGAAAGAAGCGUCUGGAGCAGCAUCUGACGAAGAUUGACGGCACACUGUCCACCAUUGAGUUUCAGCGGGAGGCGCUGGAGAACGCCAACACCAACACAGAGGUGCUGAAGAACAUGGGAUACGCUGCCAAGGCCAUGAAGGGCAUUCAUCAGAACAUGGACCUGGAGAAGAUCGAUUCGCUGAUGCAAGACAUCACAGAGCAGCAGGAGGUAGCAGAGGAGAUAAGCAACGCCAUCACACAGCCAUUCGGGGAGGAUUUUGAUGAGGACGAGCUUCUUGCUGAGCUAGAGCAGCUGCAGCAGGAGGACAUGGAGGAGAGCAUGAAGAGCAUGGGCAAGCUGCCCAGCGUGCCUGCCACCUCUCUGCCCGCACUGCCGAAGCAGAAGACAGCCACCAAGACGAAGAAGAAGGUCGAGGAUGAUGACGAUAUGGAGGCACUGGCUUCCUGGGCAACAUAACAUGUUUAUAUUCGUAGACAUACGUGUACACAGGCCAUGACGGUGCAGUUUGUCAGGCAGUAACUGCCGAACUGACACGUUCGUGUUUUGUGUGUUUUUUUAAUUAUUUGUAAAGUCUAUAUUUAUAAAUGGUCUUAAAGAGAGCAUACAAAGACCCACAUCCUUCCUUUAUCGGCUCUUUUAGUGCUGAUUCACAGUCGGAGUGGAUUUCCUGCAGUGAUUACAAUCUCGUUGAUCGUCUGUGGUGAUGUAGCAGACUGUACAUGCAAUUGUAAUGUUUUCAUCCUCAGUUUUUUAGUUUGUCACUACAGCUUAGGAAGCUUUUUUGAUCUAUACCAUGUAUGUUAUUGAAGUAAAUUGUAGAUUUUGGGUAGUCUACUUAUUUUGAUGAAUGACCAGCUUUUAAAGUAAUCAGCCUGUGAAUGUGCAUCUGAAUAUCAGUACAUUUUAACUUUAGUACUGUAGCAUCUUCCUGCCAAAAUGCUGUCACACUCUGUAUAAAGCCUCUAAGCGAGCGAGUUCCCUUAAGUGGGUACAGAUGAUCGAGGUGCCAGAUGACCACAGUGUUUCUUGUAUCUUUUUGAAUAUACUUUUUACCUGCUGUGGGAUCGUCUGGAGCCUUUCUUGGGUAGCAUAGGGAAGAAGGCUGGGCUUCACCCUGGCGGGUUGUGGCAGACGUACUAAACUAUACUCUAUGGGCUAUUUAGGGACACCAGUUGGUCCAAAUGUGUCUCUUUGGACAGAGGCAGGAAACCCAUGUAACUCAUGCGGACAGCACGCAUUGAGCUUUGGCGCUAACAUUGGGGCUGCAUUGGGAUGCAUGUGGACACCACUGUGGGGGGGGGGGAAUGACAGAAAUCAUCCCCUUUAUAAACCUGCCACUCCAUUCCCAUACAUUGUUCUGUGUAAGUGUUAGUCACAGAAAGGUAAAUAUACCUGUUUUUUCAGGGGUACUCAACUGGCGGACUCCAGAACAAAACUAUUUAAUCUGGGCAAUCGUUCCCCCCCCAGCAAAUUUUGUCAUCGGGGACCCCCUGCACCCCCUGCGCCCUAUCCAUCCACCUUAAACUAUUUUUUUUUCUUUGACCGCUGGCUGUCAUGCUAACAUACCGAUGUAUAGCAAGAGAAUUUCUUAUUGUAAACAGUGAAGCCCCAAAUCGUCAUGGUCUGCUUAUUCAUUGUUUUACAUAAUGUAAAUGAAGCUUUGGUGUGAGGUAUUGUUUGACUGUGUCUGGUAUAUCCUGUCAAAAAAAGAUGAUUUAGACAACUCCUCUUGACAUAUUAAACAAUUUUGCUACUA